AUGCAGGAAACCAGGUCCUCUCUGGUAACUCAUGAAGGAAGAGUCCACAAUGAACCAAAAGUAGAGAUAAAGGAGGAACUAGGACCUGCAAAUCAAGGAGAACUAGAACCUUUCAGGAUUAAAAAUGAUCCAGAACUGAUGAACAUAAAAGAGAAAAAAGAGGAUUUCUACGGUAAUCAGGAUGAAGAUCAGCUUGUAGUGAAGCAGGAGACUGACAGCAUUACAGUGACUUCUACUAAUGAACUAAAAGACGGCAGUGAAGCAGAACCGAACAAGAACCAACUCCUCUAUGCAAAUGGCCUCGAAGCUGAGGACCCACAUCAGCAAGGAAACAAUCAGAAAGACUCAGAAAGCCGGGAUACGAAUCUGGAGCCAAAGGCUCGCAAAUUAAGAGGCAAACAUUGCAGAAUGCUUCCAUACUUACCUGUGGACAUGGAAAGCCACUCAUAUGAGCAGGCUUAUUCUUGUAAGUUUUGUCAUAAGUCUUUUAGACACAGCAGUAGCUUGACUCGUCACAGAAUAAUUCACAGGGGAGAGAAGCCUUAUUCUUGUGACAUGUGUGACAAAUCUUUUAGAUACAUCGGUAGUUUGACUCGUCACAAAAGAACCCACGUGGGAGAGAAGUUUUAUUUCUGUGAGUUGUGUGAUAAAUCCUUCAGAAAACACGGUAGUUUGAUUUGUCACAGAAGAACUCACAUGGGAGAGAGGCCUUAUUCUUGUGAUUUGUGUGGUAAAUCUUUUAGACAUGGCAGUAGUUUGACUCGUCACAGAUUAAUUCACAGAGGAGAGAAGCCUUAUUCUUGUGACACUUGUAAGAAAUCUUUUAGAUACAGCGGUAGCUUGACUCGUCACAGAAUGAUUCACUGGGGAGAGAAGCUUUAUUCUUGCGAGUUGUGUGAUAAACGUUUCAUGACCAGAACUAUUCUGAAAGUUCACUAUAAAACUCACAAAGGAGAUAAAAUGUAUCACUGUGACUCUUGUGAUCAAUCUUUCUUGACUGAGGCUGAUCUGGUAGAUCACUAUAGCACUCAUACAGGUCAGAAGCCUUAUUCUUGUGAUACUUGUAAUAAAUCUUUUAGACACAGCAGUAGUUUGGCUCGCCACAGAAGAACUCACAAAUCUUUCAUGACUGAGACUAUUCUGAAAGAUUUCUGUGAUCUUUCAGAAACCCUCACAGAUGAGAAGGUAUAUCAGUGUGACACUUGUGAUAAACUUUUCAAGACUCAGACUAAUCUGAAAGAUCACUAUGUUGCUCACACGGGUGAGAAACCUUAUUCUUGUGACUCUUGUAAUAAAUCUUUCAGACACUGCAGUAGUUUGGCUCGCCACAGAAGAAUUCACGAUGAAGACAAGCUUUAUUCUUGUGAAAUUUGUGAUAAAUCUUUCAUUACUAAGACUAUUCUGAAAAAUCAUUAUAAAAUUCACAUGAGAAAGAAACUUUGUCCUUGUGACAUUUGCGAUGAAUCUUUCAUGAGUGAGACGAUUUUGAUGGAUCACUAUGGAACUCAUAAUUGAGACGCCUUACUCUUGUGACGAUGGUGAUCAGUCUUUUAGACACCGCAGUAGUUUGGCUCUUCAUACAAGAACUCAUAUGGGCGGGGAGCCUAAAUGAAGCAAUUCCCUACAGAUGUUGUUCUAAGGUGUUUUACAGAGCAGACAUGUCUGAUUUAUAAAGUAAUCUAUUCCCAAACGAGUCGUAUCAAAUUGAUUCCAUCAUCUGCAUUGUUUCCUAUUUAGUCUUUGUCAUAAUCCAGUGCAGUCAAGUUGAGUUUCUGCCAUGUUGUAAAACAAUUUCUAUCAAAGGAAGUCCAGUUGAAUUCAUUGAGUAGAUAAACAGCUGCAGCAGUCCCGCGUACUGAACAAGUGUUUGACCGCAGUUGAAAGUAAAUGUUUCUUUUUGAAAAUGAGCUCCUGCCAUUGCCGCCACCAAAUUUUAAAUACGCUCUUUUUAUACACCAGUAAAAGUUCAAAUGUCUGGUGAAAUGGUUGAAAGGGCAAUGACAUAAACACACGGUGUCAGGUGACCUUUUGUUUUUAAUCAAUGGAGUGAUGACAGAAUUAUGGUAAAGCUAUGGAGGCUGUACAUCUUGGUGCUGGAUCCCAGUUUGUAGACCAGUCCUCCUCUCUUAGCUGUGGAAAACUCCUGAAUGGUUGAAAUCAAGGUUUUUCAAAGUAUAGGACAACUAGUUUCCCUUCAGACAGCAAAUAAACAACUAUCUCCCUCUCCCUUUAGUUUUUUCAUCCUAUCUUAUUUUACUUUUACUGUUGGAUUUUCUUCCUGCUGCUGUGUUUUGUUUUAUGUAAUUAUUUUGCUUAUAUUGGUAAAGGAUCCACUUUUUGCAAAGUCCUCUUUAAAAGGUUUAGUUUUUUUGUAUUAUAUCAAUGUAUCAUUUAAAAUGGACUAUUAAACCUUUAAAAGACCUGGUAUGAUGAGUACAAUGAGCCAAAUGUUCCCUCACCUGGAUACGGGUCACCAGCCCCCACUCUGGAGCCAGGCAUGGAGGUGGGGCACAAUGUGGAAGUGGAUGCCCCCCAUGGCUCACCACCUGUAGGAGGGGCUAAAGGCACAGGGUGCAACAUGUGAUGGAUGGUGGCUGAAGGAUGUGGAUUGUCGCCUCUGGUGGAGAAGGAGCCUGAGCUGGUGUGAGGUUGAGAGGUUCCCAGACAGAAAUAGUCGGACUCACCUGACGUAUGGCGCUUGCUCCUUGGGAGCGGUUGGACACUUUCACUCUGCAGUGGCCCCUGGUGACGAACACUGAGUGGGAAUGGACAUCCUUGUUGUUAUGAGAACGACUAACUGCUGCUGGAGCAAAAUAUCCAACAGUAUUUACCAGAGAUCGAUCAUCAGCUCAGACUGCUGGAUACUAGCUGGAAA